AUGGCCCAGCUAAUGCACAUACUGACUGCAACACAGAAAUGCCGUUCACUUCAUCGAGUGACCUUUCUUCUUCUCCUAGCUCUUAUCAUCAUUAUCUUCAGGUCUAAGGGUUACCUGAACCCAAGAAGCCAGAAGCUGGAAAGCGUCCAGGUUGAUGCAAGCAUGGCUGUUAGAGACCACAAUGGUCUGAAAAGUGUAAAAUUACCAAGGAUGGUGUAUCAACAGCCACAGGUGCUAACACCCUCUAGGAAGGACGUCCUUGUCAUGACCCCUCAGCUGGCUCCCAUCCUCUGGGAGGGGACUUUCAAAACUGACAUCCUGAAUGAGCAGUUCCGGCUCCAGAAUGCCACCAUUGGAUUCAUCACGUUUCCUGCUAAAAAACCCAAAACCCACCUGAAGAUGUUGCGAACUGCAGAGAUGUACUUCAUGGCGGGACACAGGGUGAACUACUACGUCUUCACUGACCGGCCAGACCACGUUCCUCAUAUUAACAUCCAAAAAGGAAGGCAGACAAUCAUCCUCAAGGUCCAGAGCCAUGCCCGCUGGGAGGACAUCUCCACGCACCACACAUUAUUUUCCCCAGCACGCUUCCACGAGGAAGCGGAUUACCUUGUGUGUGUGGAUGCGGACAUGAAGUUCAGCGACCACACGGGUGUGGAGAUCCUCUCCUCCUUGUUCCGCACCCUGCAUCCUGGCUACCGUGGGCUCAGUCGGACCCACUUCCCCUAUGAACGUUGGCCUCAGUCACAAGCCCAUGUUCCUGAAGAUGAGGGGGACUUUCAUUACACAGGGGUUUUUGGGGGGUCAGUGCCAGAGGUGUACAGGCUCAGCAAGGCCCUCCACGAGGCACAAAUGGCCGACCAAGCCAACCACAUCAAAGCUGCGAGGCAUGGUGAGAGCCACCGGAACGAGUAUCUGCUUUACCACAAACCCUCCAAGGUCCUCUCCCCCGAGUACCUGUGGAAUCAGCAGCUAACGAUGGAGGAGGGCGGCGCCUGUCGCACGCGAGUCCCGGCAGCCGGGACCCUCCGAUGGGGGACCGGGCUCAGCGGCGGGGCCAGCCAGGUUCGGCCGGAUGCGGGGGACGUGGGGGAGCUGGCCCCGGGAGGUCGCCGGACAGGCGGCAGCGGGGCCAGCGUCCAGGUGCUGAGGGACACGGGACAGAGCGCCCCGGGCGCCAGAGCCCCCGGGCGCGUCUCUCCAAGCGCCGCCGCAGAGGACAGCAGUUAG